AUGGCGCUGGAGGCAGUGGUGUUCUCUGAAGGACUCUUUGGCUGCUGGACCAUGCCGGCUCCGGCUCCAGCAGAAAAUGUGAGUGGCGGGGGCAUGGAGGGGAUGAUCAUGGACUUGGAAGGGGGCACCGCCGCCGCCUACAGGGACGACGUGGGCCCAGGUGCCUGCGUGAUGAUGCAAGGGGCUGAGGGCCCGGUCGGCAGCUCUGGCAAUGCAGCUGCAGCUGCAGCUGGUACUGACUUUGUUGCCCACCACCACCAGCACCAGGAGCAGGUGGCAGCAGCCGCGGCGGCGGCAACGAAGAUGUCGUCGCCGCUGCCGGCAGCAGCGAGGCGGAAGCGGCGCAGGACGAGGAACGUCAAGAACAGGGAGGAGGUGGACAGCAAGCGGAUGACCCACAUCGCCGUCGAGCGCAACCGCCGCAAACAGAUGAACGAGUACCUCGCCGUGCUCCGCUCCCUCAUGCCGCCGUCCUACGUGCAAAGGGGCGACCAGGCGUCCAUAAUUGGCGGCGCCAUCAACUACGCCAAGGAGCUGGAGCAGCUGCUGCAGUCCCUGGAGGCCCGGAAACACGCCCGCCACGACCUCCACGCCGCGCCGGCGGUGCCCUUGGCUGCCUUCUUCACCUUCCCGCAGUACGCGAUGAGCGCCGGUGGCGCCCGGUCCACCGCCACCGCCACCACCGAGAACACGACACUCCGACCAGAAGGUCACCGCGACGGGAAGAAGAAUAGUGCCGACGACGCGGACGCCAGCGACGAUGCCGCUGCUGCUGCUUCGGGAUCGAGGCCAUCGGACGUGGCGGACAUUGAGGUGACCAUGGUGGAGAGCCAUGCCAACCUGAAGGUGCUGUCCCGGCGGCGACCGAGGCAGGUGCUGCGCCUGGUCGCCGGGCUGCAGGGCCACCGCCUCGCCGUGCUGCACCUCAACGUCACCAGCGCCGGCUCGAUGGCGCUCUACUCUCUCAGCCUCAAGCUGGGAGACGACUGCGCGCCCUAUUCGGUGGACGACAUCGCGGCGGCUGUCCACCGCAUCGUGGAGGCGAUCGAGCAAGAGGAGCAGGAGCAUUUUCGAGAUGGUAGCUGCGGCGAGCGAGCUCAUCGCCUUAUCGGAUCACGGGUUGUUGAAUAG